GUAUCAGGGCCCCUCUGCUGCUUCUUUACAGUGCUAGCUCUAAAGUUCCCUGGAUCUAACACUGCUGUGUCAAAGCCUACACAAUAUUAAUGGUGGAGUGUUCAAAAGCUCCUAUCAACUUGUAUGGCUUUUCUGAAAUAAGUACUUUUUUGUGGGUACUGAGAAGAGAAAGCAUGAACAGAUGCUGCCUUCUGUAAAAGGGCAUUUUCAUUUGCUGACCUGGACCCGUCCUUGUGAGAGGGGAAAAAAAUUAUCAGAAGCCUAUCUUCUUAAAUAUGAUAUUUGGAAAUGCCUUCCAGAAAUAACACUACACAAAAAUCAUCUAAAUUAAAAGAGUAUCAACAAAUGCUAAAGGGCACCCAUACAGAAAGUAUAGACAGGAUAAAAAUGAAGAGGAGACAAACUGAAAAUUGCUGUGCAAAAGAAAGAGAUACCAUCCUAAGCAGUCCUGAAUCAGACAAGAAAAAGAGAAAUUAUUCCAAGAAGGGAGAAGAUCUGUCUCGAGAUGAUCUUUUAUUUCUUCUGAGUGUGCUUGAGGGUGAAUUACAGGCACAGGAUGAAGUCAUUGGCGUUUUAAAGGCUGAAAAAAUCAACCUGGCUUUACUUGAAGCCCAGUACGGCUUUGUCACACCAAAGAAGGUCCUUGAAGCCCUUCAGCGAGAUGCUAUACAAGCCAAGGCUACACUAUGGCAGGAGGAUAUUUAUGAAAAGCCCAUGGGAGAGCUUGACAACGUGAUGGAAAAACAUAAAGAAACUCAUAGACGGAUGUUGGAGCAGCUCUUAAUGGUAGAAAAAUCUCAUAGGCAAACUCUUUAUGAACUAGAAGAUGAGAAAAGGAAGCAUGCAGAAUAUAUGGAGAAAAGUGAUGAAUUUACUAAUUUACUGGAACAAGAACAAGAAAGGUUGAAAAAACUUAUUGAGCAAGACACAGCAUAUCAGGGAAAGAAAGAGAAGGAAAACACCAAGAAAAUAAGCAGAUUAAAGGAGGAGCUGACAAAACUCAAGUCAUUCACAUUAAUGGUAGUAGAUGAACAAGAAAAGCUUACAGAACAGCUAAGCCUCCAAAGUAAAAAAAUCCAAGAGUUAACCAUCAGUGCAGAACAAGCACAUGAGAAACUAUCACUUGCAGAAACAAAAGCACAAGAAGAGGAGGAGAAAGCUCUCCGGCUGGAAGCUGAACUUCGAGCCCAAGCCAAUAAGGUUUCCCAAGAACAAGACUCUACUAUGGCCAAAUUAACCAACGAAGAAAGCCAAAACCGACAGCUACGCUUAAAAUUAACAGCUCUUAGUCGACAAAUUGACGAACUUGAAGAGACUAAUAAGUCUUUACGAAAGGCUGAAGAAGAACUGCAAGACCUGCGAGAAAAAAUAAACAGAGGAGAAUGCGGAAAUUCUACCCUCCUGUCUGAAGUAGAGGAGCUAAGGAAAAGGGUACUAGAGAUGGAGGGGAAAGAUGAAGAGCUCAUAAAAAUGGAAGAGCAAUGCAGAGAACUCCAUAGGAAGCUAGAAAAGGAAGCCUCACAGAGUAAAAACUUUAAAGUAGAAGUUGACAAGCUAAACAAAAGAAUUAUGGAACUUGAGAAACUAGAGGAUGCUUUCAGCAAGAGUAAGCAGGAAUGUUAUACUUUGAAAUGUAACCUAGAAAAAGAAAAAUUGCUAACCAAGCAGUUGUCACAGGAACUAAAUGGCUUAAAAGCUCGAAUGGGAGAACUUGAAACCAUUGAGAAUAAACUGGAAAAAACAGAACUCACUCUUAAAGAAGACUUGAGUAAACUGAAAACAUUAACAGUAAUUCUUGUAGAUGAAAGAAAAAUAAUGAAUGAAAAAAUUAAACAAACAGAAGAAAAGCUAAAUACUGCAAAUACACAACUUCAUCUGGAACAAAAAAAAGUAAUGUCAGUCACAGAAAAACUGAUCGAGGAGAGUAAAAAGGCACUGAAAUCUAAGACUGAUGCAGAGGAAAAAAUGUCCAGUCUCACAAAAGAAAGAGAUGAGCUGAAAAACAAACUAAAAGCAGAGGAAGAUAAAGGGAAUGAUCUCUCUUCUAAGAUGAAUCUGCUAAGGAAAAAGCUGCAAUCCCUAGAAGCCAUCGAAAAAGACUUUCUCAAAAAUAAACUGAAAGAGACAGCCAAGCCUAGUCCAUCUUUACAGCAAGAAAACAACAAGAUUAAAGAACUAGCUCAGGAAAUUGAGAGGCUCAAACACAAACUUAAACAAAUGAAAGCCAUAGAAGAUGACCUCAUGAAAACCGAAGAUGAGUUUGAAUCUUUAGAGCAAAGAUAUAUUAACGAACAAGAUAAAGCCAGAUUUCUGUCAGAGGAACUUGAGGUUGUGAAAAGAGAAUUAGCCCGGUAUAAACUAGCAGAGAAAACAGAAUGUAACCAUGAACAGAGAUUAUUCCAAAAAUUCAAGGAAGAAGCAGCCAAAUCAGGACAUCUUUCAAGGGAAGUAGAUGCACUGAAGGAAAAAAUUCAUGAAUACAUGGCAACAGAGGAUAUUAUAUGUCAUUUAAGAGAAGACCACACAAUUCUGCAAAAGAAACUCACUCACCAAGAAAACAAAAACAAAGAAUUAGGAAGAGAAAUGGAAAUCCUGUCUAAAGAACUAGAAAGGUACAGGAGAUUCAGUAAAAGCCUUAGACCCAGUUUCAAUGGAAGGAGAAUUUCUGACUUACAAGUUGUCUCCAAAGAAGUCCAAACAGAACCAUCAGACAAUGAACCACCUGAUUACAAGAGUCUAGUUCCUUUGGAACGAGCUGUCAUCAAUGGUCACAUAUACGAAGAAAGUGAUAAUGAAGAUGAUGACAAUGACGAUGAGCAACCAGUAUCCUUCAAAUGUAAUUCCUCUGUUCCAAAUGCAGUAAACAACAGCAAACUUUGGAUACCCUGGAUGAAAUCCAAGGAAAGCCAUGUUCAAAAUGGGAAAGUUCGUGCCAAGCAGAAUGGAAACUGCAUUCAGCCAGGAAAUUUAGUUCUAAGUCACACACCAGGCCAGCCUCUUCACAUAAAAGUUACUCCAGAUCAUGGACAAAACACAGCCACCCUUGAAAUAACAAGCCCUACUACAGAAAGUAGUCAUUCUUUUACCAGUACAGCUGUGAUACCCCACUGUGGUACACCAAAGCAAAGGAUAACAAUAAUUCAAAAUGGGUCUUUAACACCUAUAAAAUCUAAAGUAGCUGAUACUCACUCAAGACCACAGCAAGCCUUCUCACCUCGCUCUCAAACUCCUGAAUCAUGUAGAUCUGUCACUCCUGAAAGAACAAUGUCUCCUUUGGCUCUUUCAACCUCCUCAAGUUCCCCAGAACAGUUAAUUUCACCAGAGCCCUUGGAAAUUGGUGACAGGCAUACUAUCUUCCGAGUAUCCCCUGAACGUCAGUCAUCCUGGCAGUUUCAAAGAUCUAACAGUUCUGGGUCUAAUGUGAUAACUACUGAGGAUAAUAAAAUACAUAUUCACUUGGGGAACCCUUAUGUUCAAACUAUUCCUAAUUCCGCAAAAACAGCUAAUCCUUGCACUCCAAUGCAGGAUAACAGAACUCCAGCAUUAACUAAUGGAACACUGGGCAAACAGAUCAACAAAAUCACCAGCAGUAUCACUAUUACUCCAACAGCCUCUCCUCUCCCAAGACAGGCACAAAUUACAAUUGCUGAUGUUUUCCGCCAAGCAAUUCCUACUCGGACCCCUAAACCAACCAUGGUACCUGUGAAGCCAUCUACUGGACAGCUCAAGCCAUCAUCACAUCAAGAUAACAAAGAUGGAAAAUCAUCUAUUACCACUCGAGUUCCCAAUGGUGCUAUUCAAAAUGUGAGGAAAACAUAAGAACUGCCUGAUGAUUUAAUUUUAAGUACUUUUGAUACACUACAUAAUUACUGCCCAUGACAGAUGCAAGACAAGUCUAGCAUCAACAUCACACAUAGGCAAAAAAAAGUUAGUUUUUACACUGGAAUUGCUAGGUAUCAGGACCUGCUUACAGCAAAACUUAAGUCAUCCACAAUCAAUCCUGGACCAUGUUCCUGAUUUGCUUCAAGUUAUACAUUUGCACAUUCUCCAAUAGCAAAUAUUUGGAAGUAAGGUUUCUAGCUAAUUCAAAUGUUACUGAUGCACAUAAAUGGUACAACAGGCAGAAUCACAGAAUGCCCAGGCAAUAGUUUGUUGUUUUUAAAAAGCCCACAUAUCUAUGAAACAGUUAAGACAAACUGAGGCUAAAACUUUGGUCCUGAUGAAGGGAGAAGAAAAUUUUACAAAUGGCUGGUUGGACAAUGAAAUGAGACAUCCUAGAAGAGCAUCAAUUGUUGCCAAAUGAACUGAAAAUACCAUCCUAUUUGUUCAUGCUUCUACACCAAUACCUUUAAAGCUUUUCCUAUACUUUAAAGCUGGGAUUACAGGUUCUGGAAUACAAUUCACUUAGUACAAGAUGAUGUCAACUACUUUCACAAGUCAAUCUCUUUUCUAGCCUCAAACAGAAAGUCACUCUUUAAGGCCAGAUGAUAAGACACUACAGAGAUGGGCAGCUAUAAAAAUACUCUAGAAAAAUGGAGCACUUUGGCAGAUCCAUGUACACUCUUUCAUGUCAAGCAGCAGUUGCAUGGAACUGUAGAAGAAAUAUAGAGGAAUACUAAAGGGCUUAUCAACCAGCAUGCCACUAAAGUUAAAAAAAAGUUACCUGUACCAUUGGUGACAAAUGACAAUCAGGUUGUAUAGGAUGAAAUUAAUCCCCCAAAGGGGAUUUCCACUUUCAAAAGCUGAUAUGGUGCAUAUUUUUAUUACUGCCUUGUGUUUUGUAUGUCGGGAAGACUGACAUAUCAUGUUGAAAAAAAGUAUAUUUUUAAACUGGAAAUUUAUUCUUGUAAAACCAGUCUGUAUGUUUGUAAAGAGAGGCAACAUUUUUCCUGUAUUGCAUUAUAGAAUAAAUUCUUUUACUAUUUAUAUAAGAAGUAAUACAAGUAAUCACAUUCCCAUGGGGCUAUUCAAAGGAGAGGGGACAUACUUGUUUAAAACUAGUUGGAUUGUUUAAAUUCAGUGAGAAGCAUAUGGAAAAAAAUAAGAAUUGCUUUAGUUUAAAGCACUGGUUCUCAACCUAUGAGUCCCCAGAUGUUUUGGCCUUCAGCUCCUAGAAAUCCUAACAGCUGGUAAACCACAAAAGUCAAGUCACCAAGAGAAUCUGAAUAUUGCAAAAGCUGUUUCUUAAUUUCCCUUCUUGAACCUAAACUAUCAGUGUUGGAAAGCACAAAGAGUCUCAAGAAGUCUACUGAGUUUUAAAAGGGUGAUAACACACAAAUGAAUGGUGAAAUAGGAAUGGGUUAUAGUAGUCUCAAUUCACUAUCACAUGUGCCACAGGCAGUAUAACCUCUGUUCUUCACAUUGAUUAAAUAAAAUCAUAGUAACUGGAAUACA